AUGGCUCAUGUCACAAGCCCUCUUUUAAGGAACAUCAUUAUCAGAACUCAGUUCGACAGCACCAGGAGGAAGCAGUGUCUGCAGUACCUGAACACCCUGCGGACCCUACAAUUUGAUGGAUAUAAGGUGGUGUAUUUGGGGGAGACUGAGAUCCCAGAAAGUCUGGUCACUGGGGGAGAUUUCAGUGAUUGCUGCUACAUGCAGACUCCAACCUGGUGUCUUUUGCAUGCUGGUGGCAGUCAAGGAUGGGUGCCUUGGAAGUACCGGAUGUUCCUGAGAGACGAUCUCUGUGUCAGACAGGAAGACAGCCUCUUCUUUGAGUUCUGCGAUGUGGUAAAGAAGGUGUAUGGGAAGUGUGCCAUCGUGGUCAAAGGGAAGAGGUGGCAGGAUGAGAUGGAGCCCAAGGUGGACAAGGAGGGGGAGGUCCAGUCCUGUGUUCCAACAAGCGUCAUUAAUCUAACAAGCAUCAUGUGUUCUCCAGGGGUGGCCAAGUCCUAUGGCCAUGAGCUACUCACUCUGCCUUCCCCUUAUAAUUACCUGAACCCCUUAGAGUCAGCCUGGUCUUCUGUGAAAUGGUUUAUUAUCAACAACAAGAAAGAGUUUUCUUUGCAGACCAUCGACAGCAUCUAUGCUUACCAGUAUAUACUCAUCAGUGACUUAAUUAACAAAGGGAUUGAAAAGGUGAAUGUGAUGAAGUGGAAGGCACUAACCAACAAAGUACGGAGAUGGGAGAAUUACUGUCUUGGGAAAUUUUCUUAA